AUGCUGGAGCCUAUAAACCCACCAACGUCGCCACCGUAUACAGAAUCGGGUGCAGGGACACCUCUCCCUUCGUCUCAACCGGACUAUUAUCAUGACCUGGAACAAGAGCCUGUAUUGAAAAAGCUGAAACCUAAUUCACCGGGUGGCGAGAAUGGAACCCCACUGGGAACAAAUACAGGCGGCGCAACGACUCCACAACCAUCAUCUAGCGGAGCACACCACCAACCACCGAAAAAGCUGAGUGCGGAAGCCUUAAAACGUCGUCGAGAAAACCGUCAAAGAGCAGCAGCAGCAUUGGCUCAAAAUUUGAAAAAUUCAGGCGUAGGUCGAUUUGAACAGGAAAACGGAUUUGGAUUGACCAGUGUACGGACUAUACCGUUGAUUAACCAAAAAAAUUAUUUCACUGAAUACUUGAAGAAAGAUGAACAGGUUGGAUUCAUCAGGAAUUGGCGAUUUGAACGUGAUUUGGCAACAAAGUUGAAAAAAUUGAAACAAAGUGGAGGUAGUCUGGAAGAGUUGAAGAAAUUGGAGGAAAUAAAAAACUUUGAUGACUUUGACUUGAAAAAUAUUGAGAAUGAGUUGAAACUGAAAAACGGUGGUGUUACAGCCAUAGCUGAUGAUGAUGAAGAGGACGACGAUGAAGGGGAAAAUGAGACCGAGGAGGUUCGACAAGAAAAGGCAAGGAUUGGAGAAGAUGUGCUUGUUUUGCAACCUGGGUCAGCUUAUAUACGUAUCGGACGUGCUACUGAUGCUGUACCGCUAGUGAUUCCUAAUGUGAUAGCUGUAAAGACAACGCAAGCCACAUCCGAAACUGAUUUUUUUCCACAAAGGCAUAUCGAAGGUGACAAGGUGACCAUUGAUGAAGAUUUUGAACUGCAACGACUUGCUGCUUCAAAAGACUUUCGUGCACGAAUGAGAUACUAUAAGCGGAGAAUAUUGCCCAAUUCACGAGAAACAGUGGCUAAUUACAACAAAAAGCAAGAGCCUGAGACUAUAGCAGACCAUAAUGAUCCCAAUAAAAAAGAAUGGAUCAGCCCUGAUCCUGCACAUAGUUACUACACAGGGGAUGAGGCAUUAGCGUUGAAGUUAGAACCAGGCUGGAAACUUCGUUACCCAAUGAUCAACUCUAUUUUCAAUGAAUACUGUCCUGAUUAUAAAUCACGUCAAGAUUUGUUGGGGGAUUUGGUGCACAUAAUUGAAGAUGCAUUGCAAAAAAUGGAAAUCUCCAAUCUCGCCAACUUGAAGAUCAUGUUGGUUAUACCUGAUCUUUAUGACAAAUCAUAUGUAGAAACUUGGUGUGAUUUGUUGCUACGCUUCAUUGGAUUUGGAAAAAUCGGUAUUCUACAAGAAGCUGUUGCUGCUACGUUUGGCGCCGGUGCUUCGACUGCAUGCAUAGUUGAUGUUGGUGCUCAAACCACAAAAAUUAGCUGCGUUGAUGAAGGAAUGAUUAUUAAUGACUCGAGAAUUUUGUUAAAUUAUGGUGGCGACGCAAUCACUGACACUUUUGUUAAAUUGAUGUUGGAAAACUGGUUCCCGUAUCGUGAUAUUAACUUGGCAAAUUCUUAUGAUUGGCAGUUGGCUCAAUCUUUGAAGGAGAAUUUCAUCACAUUUCAGGACGCUGAUAUUGCAAUACAGUUGUACAAUUUUUAUCAACGAAGUCCAUUCAAGUCGACUGAAAAAUAUGAAUUCAAGGUAUUUGACGAGGUCAUGUUGGCUCCUAUGGGACUAUUCUUUCCGGGACUAUUUCAAUCUACAAAAUGCCCCUCAUUGAACAGUUCUACUAAGCCCCAAAAUCUCACAUUGAAGCAUUUGUUCCCACAGGCUUUGGAUCAAUACACCGGUAAACCAAAUAACCCUGUCAGCAAAAGCCAAACAAGAUUGAAAACAAGUUUAAACUAUUGUGAUAUGGAAGAGCUGCAACUUCUCGUGAAGUUGGUUGAAGGAGAUGAUGAGGAAAACGACGAGGAAGCACUUAUUGAUGUACCGUUAGAGAAAGCUAUUGUUGAGUCAAUAACCAAUGCAACAUUAUCUUGUGGUGACUUUACGAAAAUGAAGAAAUUUUACGAUAACAUUUUGAUUGUUGGUGGUGGAUUAGCCAAGAUCAACGGCUACGACUUGGUCUUAACUGACAGAUUGAACAUUUGGAGACCUCGUGUCUUAUCAACAACAUCAUUUGAAGAGAUAGUUGACUAUCUCAAACAAUUGAUGAGUGAUGCCAUAAGUCAAGCCAAACAAGCAAUGCCCUCUUCCGAGGAAGCCAAUCAAGAAUUGGAAAUUGAAUUGUCACCAGAGGCACUUGAUCUACAUCACAUUGACCAGCUAAUCAGCCAAGGCUCGGUACUCCCCAUCACGAUUCUACCAACGCCACGUGAAUUUGAUCCCCUGAUGUUGACUUGGAAAGGUGGCUCAGUUUACAGUAGAUUGAAAGUUGUCAAUGAAAUGUGGAUUAGCCAAAAAGAUUGGGAUUUAUUAGGAAGUCGAAGUUUGUACUACAAGAGUAUAUUUAAUUACUGA